ACAGCCUAACCUCAGCCCUGUGCUUGCUUUACUGGUGCACCCCACCUCCCCUGCUGUCUGAGAACUCCAGCCCACUGCGCUUCCUGCACCCCAGCACGGACGGGCGUGCAAGAAACCAAGAGAGAGUCAGCUUCCGGCCGCAGGAAGAGGAAGAGGAGGAGGAGGAGGAGGAAGGCUCCCCCUGCAUCCCCAUCGGUCAGCUGCACCUCAUGGCCGGGUGCUACCCCGAGGGAAGCGGUGGACGGGACCGUCCCGAGCUGGAGCCGGCACUGGGCCUGGCGUCCGAGGGAAGCGAGAGCAGCCAGGAGUGCCCGGCCUCGCCUGGGUCGCCGCUCGAGAACAACAGGAAGCGGGCGCGGCCUGCCUUGCACGAGGACAUGGAGAUGGGGGGCAGCGGCUCCAGCGGAAGCGGGACAGAGUCCCAUGGCAACGAGUCCCACGGCAACGAUUCUCAAGGCAACGAGUCGGUCGGCAGCUCCAGCGGAAACGGCAAAGACUCCGCCCUGACAGAGACUUCAGAAAGCAACAAGAGCUCCAACUCCCACAGCCCGUCUCCGCCCAGCAGCUCCACCGCCUUCAGCCUGCUGAGCUCUGAACAGGACCACCCGUCCACCAGCGGCUGCAGUAGCGAACAGUCGGCCAAAGCCAAGACGCAGAAGGAGCUGUUCAAGACGCUGAAGGACCUGAAGAUGCACCUGCCGUCUGAGAAGAGGAGCAAGGGGAAGUCCAGCACGCUCAACACGCUGAAGUACGCGCUGCGAUGCAUCAAGCAGGUCAAAGCCAACGAGGAGUACUACCAGAUGCUGAUGAUCAACGACAGCCAGCCCCCCGGGCCCGACGUUUCAUCUUACACCAUCGAGGAGAUCAACAGCAUCACCUCUGAGUACACACUGAAGAACACGGAUAUCUUCGCGGUGGCGGUGUCGCUCAUCACAGGGAGGAUCGUGUACAUCUCGGACCAGGCGGCCGCCAUCCUCAACUGCAAGCGGGAGGUGUUCCACAACGCCAAGUUCGUGGAGUUCCUGACGCCGCAGGACGUGGGCGUGUUCUACAGCUUCACCACGCCGUACCGCCUCCCCUCGUGGAGCACGUGCACCGGUGCAGAGUCGUCUCCCACAGAGUGUAUGCAGGAGAAGUCCUUCUUCUGCCGCAUUAGUGGGGGUAAGGAGCGCGAGGGGGCCCUGCGCUACUACCCGUUCCGCAUGACGCCCUACCUGAUGAAGGUGCAGGAUGCCCAGCUGGCUGAGGACCAGCUCUGCUGCCUCCUGCUGGCCGAGAGGGUGCACUCCGGCUACGAAGCGCCACGAAUCCCUGCCGACAAGCGCAUCUUCACCACCACACACACGCCCAACUGUGUGUUCCAGGACGUGGAUGAGAGGGCCAUCCCUCUGCUUGGCUACCUGCCCCAGGACCUGAUCGGGACCCCCGUGUUGCUCAACCUGCACCCCAGCGACCGGCCUCUCAUGUUGGCUGUACAUAAAAAGAUCCUGCAGUUCGCCGGCCAGCCCUUCGACCACUCGUCCACGCGCUUCCGCGCCAAGAAUGGCGAGUACGUGACCAUCGACACCAGCUGGUCCAGCUUCGUCAACCCCUGGAGCCGCAAGGUGUCCUUUGUGAUCGGCCGCCAUAAAGUCCGCAUGGGUCCCGUGAAUGAGGACGUGUUUGAUGCACCGGCGUUCCACGGAGGAAAGAUCAUGGACUCUGACAUCCAGGAAAUCAGUGAGCAGGUCCAUCGAGCGCUGCUGCAGCCGGUGCACCACAUGGGCUCCAGCGGCUACGGGAGCCACGGGAGCAAAGGCUCCCAUGAGCAGCUGCUGAGCGCGGGCUCGACCAGCGACAGCACGGGGGCCCUUGCUGGAGGCCCCGCCACCGCCACAGAGGAAGAGACGGCGCGGGCCAAGCCGCGCACCUUCCAGGAUAUCUGCAAGGGGGUGACCAUGCUGAAGAACCAGGACCCCCAGGUGUGCCUGCAGCCACCCGCGCCCUGGACCCCCAGGCCCGAGCAGAGGCUGAAGGCCGCUGAUGCAUCCUUUCCGGCUGCACUGACGAAUCCCCUGGUCCGUCUGAAUGACCUGGUGGCCAAGGACAGUACUGCAGCCAGCAUGGAGGACCUCCCCUGUAAAGACCAGAGCGUUUACUCCUACCAGCAGAUCAGCUGCCUCGACAGUGUCAUCAGGUACCUGGAGAACUGCAACAUUCCCGGUACGGUGAAGAGGAAGUAUCAGUUCUCCUCCCACACCCCCUCCUCCUCCGACGAGGAAAAGAAGGGCUCGGAGAACGGUUUCCAAGGCCCGCAUGACACCCACCAAGGCUCCAUGAUGUUCAACGCUCGCCCAGGGCCCCCCUUCAUGAAGGGCCCCAAGAAGCCUCUGGCGGCCCUCCCCCUGGCCUGCAAGGCGGAGAGCGUGGUGUCCAUCACCUCUCAGUGCAGCUACAGCAGCACCAUCGUCCACGUGGGGGACAAGAAGCUCCAGCCCGAAUCUGAGAUCAUCGAGGACGUGGUGGAGAGCCCUGCGCCCCCUCCCCCGCCCGCCAGCGUGGUGGAGUCCCCGCCCAGCCAGGAGAAGGAGGCCUACAGGCGCCUCGGCCUCACCAAGCAGGUGCUGGCGGCGCACACCCAGAAGGAGGAGCAGGCCUUCCUGACCCGCUGCCGGGAGCUCGGCGACGCCCACACCUUCCAGAAGGACUGCUCCACCUACCUGCACCGCCACCGCCGGGCCACCAACGCCGAAGAGUCCUCAGGGGCCCGGGGGCCACACAAGCAGGGCGCCGGCCGGCCCGAGCCCGGCACCAGGAAGGGCGGCCGGAACAAGAAGUCAAAAAAGCCCCGCAUGAAGCCUCCCGACUCGUCGGACAGCGCCAUGUCCGACCGCAAGCCCCGCCCCCCUCUGCAGGGCCUCAACCAGACGUCCUGGUCACCGUCGGAGGCCUCCCAGUCGGCGUUCAGCGUCUCGUACCCGGCCCUGGUUCCGGGUUACCCGCUCUCCGUGUACGCCGCCGCCCCAGCCCGGUCGGCCUGCCCGGAAACCUCCCUCUCCGGCGGCUUCGCUGAGGUCCAGAGCAGCCAGGCUCCUCCCACCGCCACGCCCUUCGCGGCUCCCAUCGUGGCGCCUGUGGUGACGCUGGUGCUGCCCAACUACCUGUUCCCUCAGAUGGCUCCGAUGGGCCAGAUGGCCGCGGCCCCGAGUCCGGCCUUCUUCCCUGAGCAGACGCAGCCCCAGCCGGCGUACACCGCCCAGACGGCCUACCAGCCUGCCUACCCCAUAGAGCCGCAGCCGCCCUUCCUCCCCCAGCCGCCCUUCCUCCCCCAGCCGGCCUUCCUCCCCCAGCCCACCUUCCAGGCCCCGCAGGCGGCCUACGCCUCCACACCGCAGCCUUUUCAGACGCAGCCCGCCUACAGCCCCCAGCCGCACCUCUCCCUGGCUCCCCAGGCGUCCUUUGGCGUCCAGACCCAGUUUGUGACGCAGGCCCCCUACCCGGCCAGGCCCUUUGCCUACGCCAUGCGCGCGGAGACCCCGACGGUCCCGGACCCCCGGGACGGGGCAGCGUCGCGCUCCUCCACGCCUGCGUCGGCCGGCCGCGAGCCCCCCGCCUCACCGGCCCCGCUCUUUGAGUCGCGCUGCAGCUCGCCGCUGCAGCUCAACCUGCUGAGCAUGGAGGAGAGACAGCGCUCAGCGGAGCGGCCGAACGCAGGGCCGCCGGCCGGACCGGGGCCCCCCGUGUGCGGAGAGAUGGGCGUGGCCCCCGCCGAGGACCUCCAUCAGGAGGAGUCGCCUGAGGACGAGGCCCAGAGCGACGGGAACCUGACCUCCAGCGACCUGCUGGACCUCCUGCUGCAGGAGGACUCCCGCUCCGGGACCGGCUCGGCCAGCUCCGGCUCCAUGGGCUCCGGGUCAGGGUCCGGGUCAGGCUCCCGGUCGGGGUUGGAGUCCGGGUCUGGCUCCCGGAGCUCCGGCUCCAGGAGCUCCGGCUCCAGGGGCUCUGGCUCGGGCUCCAGGUCGGGGGUGGGGUCCGGGUCAGGUUCGGGCUCCGGGUCCAACGGCUGCAGGACCUCAGCGAGCGGGGCAUCCGGGAGCAGAACUGGAAGCCGCAACACUAGCAAGUACUUUGGCAGCGUGGACUCCCUGGGGCCCGACGCCAGGGUAAAGGCCAGGGCCAAGCUGCGGGGCGAGGCCGGCUCGGAGGCCGGCCGGCCCCUUGCUCCGGGGGACCGGGAGAGGCUGCAGGAACCCCUGUGGUUCCUGGGGGCCAACACUGGCGACCAGGUCAUGAUGACCUACCAGAUGCCUUCCAGAGACAUCCAGAAGGUUCUGCGGGAGGACAAAGAGCGGCUGAGGCUGAUGCAGAAGAGCCAGCCGUGCUUCUCGUCGGAGCAGUGGAGGGAGCUGGUGGAGGACCACCCCUGGAUGAGGAGGGGGGGCCUGCCCUCCACCAUCAAUGUCAAGGAGUGUGUGUACUGUGAAGACACAGCCACGCACCCUUCUGCCGAGGAAGACCACCCAGAAAUGGACCUUGGGGACAGGGUAGAGGAGAAGGGCCGACAGGACCAGAUACAGCAGCCCCACGAGGCCGGACCUCUGCCCGACUUAGGGUCAUAGACACACACACACACACACACACACACACACACACACACACACACACACACACACACACACACGAGGGGAUGACAUGCACCAUUGCCAUGGCAUCAGAUGCUUACAUUAAACCACAUUGAAUUACAUUGCACACACAUGCACCUGGGCAUCUCUAUAAACAUGAGGUAUAAACUGACGUGCCUUGGGGACUUGCAUGGCAACACUGUGCAUCGAACAAUUUCACGUGUGUGGAACUCUCCUCUUUGCGGCCAUUUGGGAUGGCGUUGAAGCUGUGUACACGUGUGUGUCUAUGUCUGUGUGUGUCCAGGAGCAAUUAUGCGUGAUAAAUAGGAAGAGGUGGACUGCAGACCGCAGUACCAAUCCCCUCCUUCCAGGGGGCAGUAUGCUCCAGAUUCUGAAGGCAUUGUCCAACACACUGUUCUCUGCUCAUGAAACACAAGCCCUCACACAUGUUCUCUCUUAUACCUUUGGUGCCCAACUUGCGUAGCUCAUGACUAUAAUCAUGCGAAAAUGCCUUAGUUUUACGAGCUCAGGCUUAAUUGUAUUAUUGGUACUUUUAUUCAACUUAAAUGGAAAUAAUUUCUGAAUUUUAUUAAUGAAUUACAAAACAGAUUGCCACUUUACUAGGCAAAAUAUGCCCUUUACAGACUUUCUAUAUGUUCUGGGGACCGUCCUAGGCAGAGCGAUGAGGCUUUUUGGUGCAGGUUACCAAGCUCUCUAGUUGUUCCUUCCUGGGGCCAUGUAGCAUGGACAGGCUGUUAAGUGGCUAGUCUAAAGAUACGCUCAAAUCAAGAAAGUGUUUCAAUCAAACUCAUCCACUUAUCCUCGCCCUUUAUUUAUGUAUUGUUGCAGAGAAAGCACAGAAUUUUGACCAAAGCUCAGAAAGUGGGUUCGACCUUUUGAGCUCCGACUUACA